CCUCACUGUAUCAUAUUUACGUCUUAGUCACUCAUCGUCUUCGCUUAGUCCAGGGUCUCAGCUCUCCCUCUUUUCGUUUUCUUCCGCGGCAACAACGGCUCCAAUCUAUACACACAACAGAUCUGUAUCUAUGUCCGCCGCUCGCCUCUUCCCGAUCUUAUUUCUGUUACUAGCAGCCACAUCACAUGGAGCUCCUGGAAAUCGUAAAAGUGGGAAAUCAUCGGUGUUUUCAUUAUUUAACCUUAAAGACAAGAGUAAAUUUUGGAGUGAAUCUGUCAUACGUACUGAUUUUAAUGACCUGGAAUCUCCUGUUCCCGGAAAUGUGGGAGCGCUGAAUUACACCAAGGCAGGUAAUAUUGCAAAUUAUUUAAAACUUCUAGAAGUUGAGUUCAUGUAUCUUCCAGUUCCUGUGAAUUUCAUUUUCAUAGGAUUCGAGGGGAAGGGUAACCAAGAAUUUAAGCUGCAUGCUGAAGAACUUGAGCGCUGGUUCACGAAAAUUGAUCACAUAUUUGAACAUACGCGGAUUCCAAAAAUUGGAGAAGUUCUUGCUCCAUUUUACAAAAUUAGCAUAGACAGGCAGCAGCAUCACCAUCUUCCUCUCGUCAGUCACAUUAAUUACAACUUCUCUGUUCAUGCCAUUCAAAUGGGCGAAAAGGUCACUUCUCUUUUUGAGCGUGCCAUUGAUGUCCUUGGCCGCAUAGAUCACGUGUCCAAUGUCAGUGAUGAAGGAGCUGGCCUUUGGCAAGUUGAUGUAGACAUGAUGGAUGUUCUUAUCACUAGCCUUGUGGAAUAUUUGCAGCUGGAGAAUGCGUAUAAUGUCUUUAUUUUAAAUCCCAAGCGCGAUGUAAAAAGAGCCAAGUAUGGAUAUAGGAGAGGAUUGUCUGAGACUGAAAUAAAUUUUCUCAAGGAGAACAAGAGCUUACAAACAAGAAUUCGUCAGUCAGGAAACAGCCCCACAAGCGUUCUUGCUUUGGAUAAAAUCAAGAGACCGUUGUAUGCAAAACAUCCAAUGGCAAAAUUUUCCUGGACGAUAACUGAUGAAACUGACACGAUAGAGUGGUACAACAAAUGCAUAGAUGCCUUGAAUAAUUUCCAGACACUUUAUCAAGGGAAAGAGACUGCUGAUAUUAUCCAGAGUAAAGUAUUACAGUUGAUGAAUGGUCAAGAUGAAGACAUGAAGCGUCUGUGGGGAAAGAUUUUAAAAGCAGGGGAUUUGAGCGGUCUUCAUUCAGAAUGUCUCACAGAUACAUGGAUUGGAAAAGACAGGUGGGCGUUCAUUGAUUUGACUGCAGGCCCUUUCUCAUGGGGACCUGCUGUUGGCGGGGAAGGUGUGCGCACGGAAAUCAGUUUACCAAACGUGCAAAGGACCAUUGGUGCAGUUGCAGAAAUUUCAGCAGAUGAAGCUGAAAAUCGGCUGCAAGAUGCAAUUCAGGAGAAGUUUGCAGUGUUUGGUGAUAGAGAUCAUCAAGCAAUAGAUAUUCUUCUAGCAGAAAUUGAUAUAUACGAGCUUUUUGCCUUCAAACACUGUAAAGGAAGGAGGGUCAAGCUUGCUCUCUGUGAUGAGCUUGACGAGAGAAUGCAAGAUUUGAGAACCGAGCUUCAGUCAUUCGAAGGUGAGGAAUUUGAUGAAGAUCAUAGGAGAAAGGCUGUUGAUGCAUUAAAAAGAAUGGAGAACUGGAAUUUAUUCACCGAGACACCUGAGGACUUUCAAAACUAUACUGUAGCACGUGAUACAUUCCUUGCACAUUUAGGUGCAACACUGUGGGGAUCUAUGAGGCAUAUCAUAUCACCCUCAAUUGCUGAUGGAGCAUUCCACUUUUAUGAGCAGAUAUCCUUUCAGUUGUUUUUCAUCACACAGGAGAAAACUACCAGUAUUAAGCAGUUUGUGGAUCAGAAAGCUCUCACAGAAGGGCUUUCCACUUUAGUAUUACCUUCUCAGAAAGUAAUGUUCAGUACAAACAUAUUAUCACUCUCCGAGGAUCCUGCUUUAGCAAUGGCCUUUUCAGUGGCUAGGAGAGCUGCUGCUGUCCCGGUUCUGCUAGUUAACGGAACAUAUAGGAAAACAAUUCGUUCUUAUCUUGAUACUUCAAUUCUACAACAUCAAUUGCAGAGAUUGAAUGAUCAUGGUUCUCUUAAAGGAAAACAUGCCCAUAGCAGAUCCUUGUUGGAAGUUCCUAUCUUUUGGUUUAUUCAGAAUGAACCUUUGUUAGUUGACAAACAUUACCAGGCGAAAGCACUUUCGGAUAUGGUAAUUGUUGUCCAGUCGGAAUCAUCAGCUUGGGAAAGUCACCUGCAGUGCAACGGGCGAUCCCUGCUUUGGGACUUGAGGAGGCCCAUAAAAGCUGCAUUGGGCGCUGUUUCUGAACAUAUCGCAGGCUUGCUUCCCCUUCAUCUAGUUUACAGUCAAGCCCAUGGAACUGCUAUUGAGGACUGGAUAUGGUCGGCAGGAUGCAGUCCAUUAUCCAUCACUUCUCAAGGUUGGCAACUUUCUAAAUUUCAGACUGACACAAUUGCUCGGAGCUAUAUACUCACAACUCUAGAGGAGUCAAUACAAAUUGUUAAUUCAGCGAUUCAUCUUCUAGCAAUGGAGCUUACAUCUGAGCAAACUUUUAAGCUCUUCCGCACCAAGGAGCGUGAACUUGUCAACAAGUAUAAUUAUGUUGUUAGCGUUUGGAGAAGAAUCUCAACAAUUACUGGUGAACUACGUUAUGCAGAUGCCAUGAGACUGCUAUAUACUUUGGAGGAUUAUUCCAUAGGAUUUGCUGAGUAUGUAAACUCAACUGUAUCCAACCUCCACCCUAUUCACUGCACAAGGCAAAGAAAAGUCCAAGUCGAGCUCGACUUUACAACGAUUCCUGCUUUCCUGAUUGUUUUCUUUGUCCUUUGGAUGGUGUUAAAGCCAAGACGGCCAAAGCCAAAGAUUAACUGAGAAACUUUCGGUGGUUGUAAAUGUAGCAGUGUAACAUAAUAGUAUUGAUCCGAUGCUGUAUGAUUUUGCACCUCCAAGUAGAAGAGAGAUGGGGUUUUAAUGUAUUCUAUAGUUUUUCGGCAACAAGUUGUCUAAAUGCUUUUCAAAGGGAAAAAACUAGAGUAGGAAAACAGGCAAGAGAUAGAAUUGGCAUACCAAUUUAGACAGGCAAAUGUAUCUUAACAUUUUUGUUUCCGGGUAAAAAGUCACUGUUGUGUAUCUUUUACAUAAAUUGUGGGAGCAUGAGAACUGUUUCACAAGUUCUCUUGCAGUGAGGUGAAGAUGUCAGUUGCGAAGUUUAAUGUUUCAUAUAUUUUCCUACUUUACUAAGAUUUGGAGAAUCUAA